CUGAAAGCCCCGGCACAACAAACACAACUAUCAGCGGCUCAACAACACUCAAACUUUCUCCUGCACGUCUCACAUUACUGGCGUUUAAAACGCUCCGCAUCAACACAGCGCGAUAUAACGGGGAUAUGUAACGCGAAUCAAUUACGAUGAAGGACUGGUGUCGUCUUCUGCUCUUGGCUGGAAUUGCUGCUGUCUUGCAUGCAGCUUAAUGAGCACCCAUGCACACUAUGGCAACAACAAUCAGUCCAUGCUCAGAUGCAGAGGACCUGUUGGCUUCCAUCCACCUCGAGAGGUAUCUGGACCACUUCCGUCAGGCAGGCUUUCUCCUCGCCCGAGACUUCUGUCAUGUGGACAAUGUGGCUCUGAACAGGGUGGGAGUCACUGCAACCGGCCACAGGAAGCGUAUCCUCAAACUGAUCGAGCACAUUCAGCUGAUAUGUCAACAUCAAAGGAAAGAGCCCUUGCUAGAUCGCUGUAAUUCAGAUUCUGCUAUUCACGAGGUGACCCCUGUCAAAGCGGAGCCUCAUUCUCCUUCAAGACACCCUAGCACUGCCUUAGAAGCCUUACGUAACAGCUCGGCCCCGAAUCUUUGUGCACAAGUGAAGCGCUCGUUCUCAGAGCGGAGCGCCAGUGUCGUAAAGCCGGUACCAAAACCAAGAACUGUCUUCCACAGAUUAAGAGCAGACAUAAUUUCUUUACCAACACAACAUGAAGUGCAACCUCGUCAAAAGUCAUCUCAGGACCCGCUUUUAAAAGUUGCAGAAGGUUCAUCCUCCAGUACAGACACUGUUGAAACACCUACUGAAUCAAAAAAGGGCCCUUGCGAAUCAGGUUUGAGUAAUACCACUUCGGCCCCAGAGACUAGUGAUCUAUUACCCCCAGUGCCCCCUAGGUUAAAUCGAGGAAUUCCCCCAUCCACAUUCAGGAAAAUGUCGAACCAGGAGCGUCUGAGAACUCCUCCUGACACCCCCUCGAGUUAUCAGUGCUCUCCCUUCACUAACAUGCUCGGUUCACCUCCAAGUUCACCCUGCUCAGGGCUAGAGAUGGUCUCUAAUGAAAUCUACUGUGGCACUUUACCAGGCACUCCACGUGUGUUUUGGAGUCGCUCUGUACCCGUUCUGCCUCCACGCCAGGAGGUCAGCCCAUCCACUGAAAAUCAUAGCACUUUAGAAAAGUCCAACUCAACUGAAACACCUAAAAGAACAUCUGGCGACACAGCAUCUGCUGAGGAUGAAGAUGAAAUGAUCAACCCGUACUGUGAAACUGUUUUCCACAGCAGACGACAAUAUCAGCAUUCAGAGGUUGAGAGGACCAAAAGUGAGGAAAAGACUGCAAAUAAAGAAGAUAAACAAAGAGAACAUGGAUGA